AUGUGGCAACUUCUAUUAGCAGCAGCAAUAGUAGGAUCUACUGGUUUCGUAGCCAAGCACUUACUUCACCACCAUGAUGAACAUUCCAAAGACAAACAAGAACCUCCUCAUGACUUGAUUACCACUCCUGAUGUUGUAAAUGAUGCUAAUAAACAAUAUGGACUCAAUAGCAAUUUCAAUCAGAGUGUUUUUAGGUUUUUCAGCUCUACUUCCUCUUUGUCUGCUAGUAAGAAAAUUAAGAAGAACUCGGCGAUUAAGGGUUGCCGAUUGAAGUUUGGUACUGUGAAUAAGAAGGAGAAUCAGAGAUCUAGGGAGUACCUCCUGAUUUGCUAUUUGUUUGAAGAAGCAAGGAAUGAAGUAUCAAGUUUUGAUGCACUGGAUGAUGAAGAGAAAAGUAUAUUUCUUGAUAUUGCAUGCUUUUUUAAAGGGCAACAAAUUGAUUUCGUGAAGAGAAUACUGGAUGGUUGUGGCUUCUCAGCAGGCAUUGGAAUUAGUGUCCUUGCUGACAAAUGCCUUGUGGCUAUCCAAGAAAACAAGCUAGAAAUGCACAACUUAUUGCAAGAAAUGGCUCACGAAAUUGUUCGCCAAGAAUCUGCCAAAGAGCUGGGCAGGCGCAGUAGGUUUUGGAGUCCUAAUGAUGCCUGUCAAGUGUUGAGGAAAAAUCUGGGAACUGAAAGAGUUGAAGGGAUAUUUUUUGAUACAUAUAAAAUGGGAGCAGUGGACUUGAGUUCCAGAGCCUUUGUGAGGAUGUAUAAUCUUAGGUUGCUCAAAAUCUACAAUUCUAGAGUUGGAAAUAACUGUAAAGUGAACCUUCCUCAAGGCCUCGAUUUUCUUUCUGAUGAAUUGAGGUAUCUUCACUAGGACGGAUACCCUCUGAGCUAUAUGCCAUCCAAUUUUCAAGCAGAGAAUCUUGUUCAACUUAACCUUGCUUACAGUAGCAUUGAACAACUAUGGACAAGAGUCCAGAAUCUUGUGAGUUUGAAAGAGAUCAACCUUAGCCACUCUGAACACUUAGCUACAUUCCCAGACCUGUCACGGGCCAAAAGUCUUGAGAUUGUUAAUGUUGAUUUCUGUUCUAGCUUAGAAGAAGUUCCUUUAUCUAUUCG